GAAAAGCACGGAGGCGCCAAAGCCAAGCGCCCGAGGUCGACAAGCUCUCGACGUCCGUCGCGCUUAGGGCCGUUCGGGUUGUCGGUCGGUAAGGAGGGAGCGGCCGGCCGGUAAGGUAACGACGCGCGAAGUAGACGAGGAGCCUCGGGUCGCGUGCGCGCGUCAAUCGGCCGUCGUCGUCGUCUCGCAGCUAGUGUGUGUAAGUCCGCAGGCCGGGAUCGAAGGUGUGCGUGGUUGGUGCGAGGUGGCUAGGUGGCUAGGUGCCCGGGUGGAGGAUCCGGUACCGUAGGGCGCGUUUGCCAUCCAGAGAGGAAGCUCGGCCCGGCGGUGGCCACGAGCGGCCGGAUGACGUCCGACAAGACCAACGUAGAACCUAACCUCCAAGAGGAGAGCGCGGCCUCGACUGCGCCGCGGAAGAUCCGGCACCGGCCCAGCAUGUCUCAGGGCACGGUGAUGAUUCAGACGCAGAGUCGGCAGCUGGAGAAGGACUUCACCGUUGCCACACCUGAGGAGUUUGUACAUCGGUUCGGCGGCACUCGCGUCAUCAACAAGGUUUUGAUUGCCAACAACGGUAUUGCAGCAGUAAAAUGUAUGCGUUCGAUAAGACGUUGGUCCUACGAGAUGUUCAAGAACGAACGGGCGGUGCGCUUUGUGGUUAUGGUAACGCCGGAGGAUUUAAAAGCUAAUGCCGAGUACAUAAAAAUGGCGGAUCAGUACGUCCCAGUGCCCGGGGGUACGAAUAAUAACAAUUAUGCAAACGUCGAGCUGAUCGUCGACAUCGCCAUUAGAACGCAAGUGCAGGCGGUUUGGGCUGGUUGGGGACAUGCCUCCGAGAAUCCCAAGUUGCCGGAACUUCUUCACAAGAACAACAUUUGCUUCAUUGGUCCAUCGGAGCGGGCGAUGUGGGCGCUCGGCGACAAAAUCGCGUCGAGUAUCGUCGCCCAAACAGCGGACGUACCAACGCUACCCUGGUCCGGCUCCGACCUGAAAGCCCACUAUAGCGGUAAAAAAAUAAAAAUCUCGUCGGAAUUGUUUAAGAAGGGCUGCGUGUCGAGCGUGGAAGAGUGCCUCGCGGCGGUCAACAAAAUUGGCUUCCCGAUAAUGGUGAAGGCUAGCGAGGGUGGCGGCGGUAAGGGCAUCCGCAAGGUCGAGAACGCCGAGGAGCUGCCGACCCUCUUUAGGCAGGUGCAAACGGAAAUACCGGGCUCGCCGAUCUUCAUCAUGAAGCUGGCAAAGUGCGCGCGCCACCUCGAGGUCCAGCUCCUCGCGGAUAACUACGGGAACGCGAUAUCGCUGUUCGGUCGUGACUGCUCGAUCCAGAGGCGACAUCAAAAGAUCAUCGAGGAGGCACCGGCGGUUAUCGCCAAGCCCGAGGUCUUCGAGGAAAUGGAAAAGGCGGCCGUGCGUCUCGCCAAGAUGGUCGGCUACGUCAGCGCUGGUACGGUCGAGUAUCUCUACGACACAUCCGGUCGCUAUUACUUUCUCGAGUUGAAUCCGAGGCUGCAGGUCGAGCACCCUUGUACGGAAAUGGUCUCCGAUGUUAAUUUACCGGCCGCCCAACUCCAAAUUGCUAUGGGUUUGGCCCUCCACCAUAUCAAAGACAUUAGGCUGCUGUACGGCGAGAGUCCAUGGGGUGACAGCGUCAUCGAUCUCGAGCAACCGCGGAACAAGCCACAGCCUUGGGGUCACGUAAUUGCUGCGAGAAUCACCAGCGAGAAUCCCGAUGAAGGUUUCAAACCGAGCAGCGGCACCGUACAGGAGCUCAACUUCCGCUCAUCAAAGAACGUCUGGGGAUACUUUUCGGUCGGCGCUUCCGGCGGUCUUCACGAGUUCGCCGACUCCCAGUUCGGUCACUGCUUCUCAUGGGGCGAGGAUCGCAAUCAGGCCCGUGAGAAUCUCGUGGUCGCUCUGAAGGAGCUCAGCAUCCGUGGUGAUUUCCGCACGACCGUCGAGUAUCUCAUCACCCUAUUGGAGACGGAGGCCUUCCAAAGUAACAACAUUGAUACCGCUUGGCUCGAUUUGCUUAUUUCGGAGCGCGUGCGCAGCGACAAGCCGGACGUGCUACUCGCGGUAACUUGUGGCGCCCUGCACAUCGCCGAUCGCUCGAUCAGCGCGGCCUUCGGUGGCUUCCAGACCGCCCUUGAAAAGGGACAGAUACUGGCAAGCAACGACCUUGGCAACAUCGUCGACGUCGAGCUGAUAAACGACGGCUACAAGUACAAGGUCGAAGCGGCCAAGUCAGGAUUAAACAGCUACUUCCUCGUGAUGAACGGCUCGUACAAGGAAGUCGAGGUGCAUCGGCUCUCGGACGGCGGUCUACUUCUUUCCCUCGAUGGUGCUAGUUUCACGACCUAUAUGCGCGAGGAGCUCGAUCGCUAUUGCAUCGUUAUUGGUAACCAGACCUGCGUCUUCGACAAGGACAACGAUCCAUCGUUACUGCGCAGCCCUUCCGCCGGCAAGUUCAUCCUCUAUCUCGUCGAGGACGGUGAGCACGUCGAGGCCGGUCAGCCCUACGCUGAAAUCGAAGUCAUGAAGAUGGUGAUGACCAUAGCUGCAUCCGAGGCCGGCUCGCUCUUCUACGUGAAACGGCCGGGCACGCUACUCGAGGCCGGAAGUCUCAUCGCGCGUCUCGAGCUCGACGAUCCGACCCUCGUCACCCGAGCCCAGGACUUCACCGGUAAAUUCCCCGGGCCUGGUAGUCCACCCGUACCCGAGCGCCUUAAUCAACUCCACGCGAAAUACCGUAUGGCCCUUGAGAACGUGCUCGCGGGCUACUGCCUCCCCGAACCCUAUCACCUCCCGCGUCUCCGCGAGCUUGUCGAGCGCUUCAUGGGCUCGCUGCGCGAUCCCGCUCUACCGCUCCUCGAGCUCCAGGAGGUCGUGGCCACGAUCUCGGGACGCGUGCCCCUCGGCGUCGAGAAGAAAAUACGCAAACUCAUGACUCUCUACGAACGCAACAUCACCUCCGUGCUCGCCCAGUUCCCCAGCCAGCAGAUUGCCGCCGUGAUCGACGGCCACGCCGCGACGCUCUCGCGGCGCGCCGAGCGCGACGUCUUCUUCCUCACGACCCAAGCGAUUGUCCAGCUGGUGCAGCGCUACCGUAACGGUAUACGUGGCCGUAUGAAGGCCGCGGUGCACGAGCUCUUACGCCAGUACUACACGGUCGAGUCGCAGUUUCAGCAGGGCCAUUACGACAAGUGCGUCUCGGCCCUGCUCGAGCGGCACAAGGAUGACGCAGCGCGCGUCACCGCGGCCAUUUUCAGUCAUAGCCAGGUGCUCAAGAAGAACGUCCUGGUGACGAUGCUCGUUGAUCACCUGUGGGCGAACGAGCCCGGCCUCACCGACGAGCUCGCCUCGACGCUCACGGAAUUGACGAGCCUCAGCCGCCAGGAGCACAGUCGCGUGGCACUGCGAGCGCGUCAGGUUCUCAUCGCCGCCCAUCAGCCCGCUUACGAAUUACGUCACAAUCAGAUGGAGUCAAUCUUCCUAUCGGCAGUCGACAUGUACGGCCAUGACUUUCAUCCGGAGAAUCUUCAGAAGCUCAUACUCUCCGAGACUUGCAUCUUCGAUAUCCUCCACGACUUCUUCUACCAUUCGAAUCGCGCGGUAUGCAACGCAGCCCUCGAGGUUUACGUGCGUCGCGCCUACAUCAGCUACGAGCUCACUUGCUUGCAGCACCUCGAGCUCUCGGGCGAAAUUCCCCUCGUGCACUUCCAGUUCCUCCUGCCGAGCAAUCAUCCGAAUCGCCAGAGUCAGUCGAUGGUUAAUCAGCGCACGGGGGCGAUGGCCGCCUUUCGCGAUCUGUCCGAAUUCUCGCGCUACGCUGACGAGGUCCUCGAUCUACUCGAGGACCUGUCGUCGGUGAGCUCGUUAUCGGCGCGCGUGCUCGAGGCAGUCGAGGCAGCGGGCUGCAGCGAGUCGAGGCACAGCACGUCGAUCAGCGUGGAACAGCCGGCGCCGGUUCCUGGUGAGCCGGAGCGGCUCGAGCGCCCGGAGCCGGCUCACAUACUCAGCGUCGCCGUACAGGACGAGGCUGGACUGGAGGACGCGGCGCUCGCUCGGCUUUUCGGCGAGUGGUGCGCGACCAAUCGGGAGGAGCUCCUUUCGCGCGGCGUCCGACGCGUCACCUUCGCCGCGUUGAAGCGACGCCAGUUCCCGCGCUUCUUCACCUUCCGGCAGAGGGACGGCUUUGCCGAGGACCGGAUCUAUCGUCACCUCGAGCCCGGCUGCGCCUUCCACAUCGAGCUCAAUCGAAUGCGCAUUUACGACCUCGAGGCCCUGCCGACCUCCAAUCAAAAGAUGCACCUGUACUUGGGCCAAGCUAAGGUAGCGAAAGGCCAGCAGGUAACGGAUUAUCGCUUUUUCAUCCGCUCGAUAAUCCGCCACUCCGACCUCAUAACCAAGGAGGCGAGCUUCGAUUAUCUGCACAACGAGGGCGAGCGCGUGCUCCUCGAGGCGAUGGACGAACUCGAGGUUGCCUUCUCCCAUCCUCUCGCUAAGCGCACCGACUGUAAUCACAUCUUCUUGAAUUUCGUCCCCACGGUCAUCAUGGACGCGGCCCGUAUCGAGGAAAGCGUCACGAGUAUGGUGUUGCGCUACGGACCGCGGCUCUGGAAGCUGCGCGUUCGCCAGGCCGAGAUCAAAAUGACCAUUCGACCCGCACCGGGCAAGCCCACCUCCAACGUACGGCUCUGCAUCGCCAACGACAGCGGCUACAGCAUCGACCUGCAUCUCUAUAACGAGGCCACGGAUCCCAAAACCGGCCAGAUACGUUUCGAGUCGUACGUACCGAGCAGCAGUAGUAAUUGGCGACCGGGACCAAUGCACGGCCUACCCAUCUCCACUCCCUAUCUCACCAAGGACUACCUCCAGGCCAAGCGCUUUCAAGCUCAGAUCGCCGGCACCACUUACGCAUACGAUUUACCCGACAUAUUUCGGCAGCAGGUUGAACGGGCCUGGGCCAAGCAUCUCGAGGAGGUCCCGAACAACGAGAAAGUUAUCGUACCCAAUCCCGUGAUGGAUUACGUCGAGCUGGUUCUCGACGGCGAGACACUCGUUGAACAGAAGCGUCUACCUGGGGAAAACGACGUCGGUAUGAUCGCCUGGAGACUGACUCUCUACACGCCAGAGUAUGCGAGUGGCAGAGAUCUGAUCCUUAUAGCUAACGACUUGACUUACUGUAUCGGCUCCUUCGGACCAAAAGAAGAUAUUGUCUUUUACCGAGCGUCCGAGAGGGCGCGACAGCUUGGCAUUCCACGUAUUUACUUCGCAGCCAAUUCCGGUGCACGUAUCGGUCUGGCGGAGGAGGUUAAGAAUCUUUUUAGAAUAGCCUGGGAGGAUGAGGAAGAGCUGGAAAAAGGUUUCAAAUACAUUUAUUUGACACCGGACGACUAUGCACGACUGGCACCUUUGAAUUCGGUUAAGGCUAGUCUGAUCGAGGACGCUGGCGAGUCUCGCUACAAGAUCACGGACAUUAUCGGUCAAGAGGACGGCCUCGGUACCGAGAAUUUGAAAUACGCGGGAAUGAUUGCAGGGGAGACGUCGAGGGCAUACGACAAGAUUGUGACGAUAUCCGUUGUCUCCUGUCGCGCCAUUGGCAUUGGCUCGUAUCUCCUUCGGCUCGGUCAGCGCGUCAUCCAAAUCGAAAACUCUCACAUCAUUCUCACCGGCUACAAGGCCCUUAACAGUGUCCUUGGCCGCGAGGUUUACGCGAGUAACAAUCAGCUCGGUGGCGUUCAAAUUAUGCAUAAUAACGGCAUAUCGCACGCGACCGAGCCACGAGAUCUGGACGGCAUCGCCACGGUCCUCAAGUGGCUGAGUUACAUGCCCAAAGUCAAGGGUGCACCACUGCCAAUAAGACCAAUGCCAUUCCUCGAUCCGGUCGACCGGGACAUUACCUUCGUGCCUAGUAAAGCGCCAUACGAUCCGCGCUGGAUGCUCGAGGGCCGGCCACAGGCUGGCGAUGCUAACCUCUGGGAGACUGGAUUCCUGGAUCGUGGCUCUUGGCAGGAAAUUAUGCGACCGUGGGCGCAGACGGUAGUGACGGGGCGAGGUCGACUAGGUGGCAUCCCCUGUGGCAUCAUCGCUGUCGAGACGCGUACCGUUGAAUUACAUCUACCUGCCGAUCCGGCCAAUCCCGAUUCCGAAGCUAAGACGGUCUCGCAGGCCGGUCAAGUGUGGUACCCGGACAGCGCCUACAAGACGGCCCAGGCCAUUAAUGAUUUCGGUCGCGAAGAACUGCCCCUCAUAAUCUUCGCCAAUUGGCGCGGUUUCUCCGGUGGCAUGAAAGACAUGUACGAGCAGAUAAUCAAGUUCGGGGCCUACAUAGUGGACGGACUGCGACAGUACAGUCGGCCAGUAAUAGUGUACAUACCGCCGUAUGGGGAACUUCGUGGGGGUGCCUGGGCGGUCGUCGACCCGAGCAUCAAUCCCCAUUGUAUGGAAAUGUUCGCCGAUAGCACGAGCCGUGGGGGUGUCCUCGAGCCCGAGGGCAUCGUCGAGAUCAAGUUUCGCCUUAAGGACAUGUUGAAGAUAAUGCAUAGGGAGGACGCGCCGAUCCUACGGCUGCGCGAGAGCCUCUUGACGGCCGGGCCCGAGGAGCGCGUGAAACUGGAGGCGGAGAUGAGGGUUCGCGAGCGUCGCCUCGAGUCCGUUUAUCGGCAGGUCGCUCUCCACGUGGCCGACCUGCACGACACGCCCGAGCGCAUGCUCGAAAAGAACUGCAUCCAAGAGAUAGUGCCGUGGCGGGGUGCGCGUCGCUUUUUCUAUUGGCGAUUACGGCGUCGACUCCUCGAGGGCCGAGUGCGCAAGGAGGUGCUGGCCACCCAGCCGAGCCUCGGGGUUGGCCAGGUAGACGCGAUGCUUUGCCGCUGGUUCGUCGAGGAUCAGGGCGCGACCGAGGCCUACCUCUGGGACAGCGACGAGGCGGCGGCUUCCUGGCUCGAGAGUCAGGCGAGCAGCGAGAGCAGCGUCCUGCUGCGAAACAUGAGUUGCGUUAGGAAGGAUGCGCUCGUGAGCCGCAUCAAGGAAGCUCUCGAGGCUUACCCGGAGGUCCGACUCGAUGCCGUCCUGGAGAUCGCGCAUAGGCUCCAGCCGCAGGAGCGCUCCGAACUCCAACGGACGCUGGCGCAACUCGAACCUGCCCAGGCGGACUCGAGCUCCUCCUCCUCGCCUUAAGAUUUAUCCUUACCUUUGCGAUGAUGUACCUUCAUUAUAAACGCUCGCUUUGUUUCGAUGGACUCGACGACGCUUCUACGAAUUGGGUCAUUCUACCGAGUAGUCGCGCGUCGCAAUGUCCUCGUCCAGCCGUGAAUUUUUACGAACUGUUGAAAAAAGUAUCAUUCGUACAAACGGAAAGUGCCAGAUUUUAUAAUAUUAAUCGUAAGUUAAGUCCCGAUGGUGAUUUCAAUGCUCGUUUCCAGUUGUUUAGUCAAACACCAUAUAAUGUUUAAUGUAUAAAUUACGUUAUAAAUAUCCUAUAACAAUGUAAAAAAUAUCUUUUCCUU